CCCACUUACUCAUCAAACGACCCCAUCCAUCCCAACCACUCACCCAUGGUCAAGCCUGGCGAGCCCCGCUGGGCACCAAGACCGCAGGGCACGGCGCGGUGGAUCCCGCAGCCGCCGUACGAGCCGCGCCCUUUGGUCCGGAGCAUCCUGCGGCUCGUGUGCUGGCCGCCCAUGUUCCUGCUCGGCAUCCCGCUGAACCUGGCAUACAAUUCUAUCCUGUACAUCUUCAAGCGGCCAACCUUCGGCUACAAGCGCUUCGUCAUCUCCGGCUUGGCGCGCUAUCUCACCGGCUCGCUUGGCCUCGGGGCCGUGUAUGCGCCCGACCCGGACCACGGCAAGAUCACGCCUGCGAUGCUCAAGCUGUACGGCGACCGCGCAAACGCGAGCGUCAAGACUAUCCCGCCGAUCGCCGACUCGGUCCCCCGCCUGCCGAUUGUCCAGAUCGCCGGGAAUAAGGUGCGCCCGGAACCCGUGACGGCGUUCAUGGUCGCGCCGAAGACGGCCGCCGGGACGUCGCCGAAACAUAUCUGGCGCGAGGCGGGCAAGGACGAAAAGAUCAUCUACUACGUCGUCGGGGGCGGAUACCAGACUGGCCACCCGCUCCAGUGGAGCCUCGCGUGGGACUGGUGCAACGAGUCCAAGCUGCGCGUGUUCGCGCCCAACUACCGCAAGUGUCUCGACAACGCCAGCGCGUUCCCCGGCCCGCUGUACGACUUCCUCGCGGGAUGGCAGUUCCUCGUCGAGGACCUGGGCUUCGAGCCAAGAAACAUUGUGCUCAAUGGUAACUCGGCAGGCGCGCACGCCAUCAUCCAGCUCACGGGAUACCUCGACGAGCUGAUGGAGACGGGCUGGACCAACUGGGGCCUGCCGGCGGGUGUGUUCGCGUGUUCGCCAUGGGCCGAUGUGACCGCCUCGUUCCCCUCCGUUUCGACCAACUGGACCAAUGACUGGCUGCAGAGCACCACGCCCGUCAUUGCGCCCUCCUACGCGCGCCACUACUCGUCGUACCUCAACAGCCCGUACAUCUCGCCCGCGCUCAUCACGCCGCCGCACGCGACCUUCUCGCGUCUCGCCAAGGCCGGCGUCAAGUUCUACAUCAACGUCGGAUCGGACGAGCAGCUGCGCGACGAGAACAUCGCAUUGACGGACGCCAUGACGGCGUCGGGCCUUGACCCGCACUUCCUGCUCAUUGAGGGCGGAUCUCACUGCGAGUUUGUGUUUGAGGGCCUGCCGGUCACGCCUUGGCCUGGAGCUGGCUUCUCGUGGCCCCUCGUCAAUGGUCAGUGGAAGACACUGCUCAAGGAGAUUGGGUUUGACGGGGGUUUUGACAAGGCCGAGGUGGCCGAGGUGGUUACCGGCGAGAAGGAGUAGCAGGAGAGAGGUUGGAGGAGGGAUGUUGCAGGAGGCAGCGUCACGUUUCCCUAGUGCAGCCUUGUCUGCCAGCUGGAUCACACGUCCCAGCAUAUCGCCGCUCUUUCGGGUUCAUGUAUCUUAUGUAUUGGGUCGUCGAUG